GCAAUCAUUACCACAAUGAAAGAUAAGAUGCAGAGGGCCAACCUAUCAUCAGUAUCUGAAUUUGUUCUCAUAGGCCUUUCUGAUGCUCCACAAGUCCGUUUUCUUCUCUUUGUGCUGUUUCUGAUCAUUUAUUUGGCCACUAUUGCAGGCAACAUCACAAUCCUUGUUGCCAUUAGCACAGACACUCGUCUGCACAACCCCAUGUACUUCUUCCUUGGCAAUUUAUCCUUACUGGAUAUCUUAUGUCCCACUGUCACGGUGCCGAAGAUGCUGGAGGCCUUGCUGCUUGAGAACAAGGUGAUUUCAUUCACUGGCUGCAUGCUCCAGUUGUUUUUCCUCAUUGAUGCUGUAGGCACAGAGAUUUUUCUCUUGGCUGUGAUGGCGUAUGACCGUUACAUUGCAAUAUGUAAUCCGCUGCAGUACAUGAAUAUUGUGAGCAUGAAAGUGUGUGCUCACCUAGCCAUUGGCACCUGGGUAGUAGGAUUUUUGAAUUCUCUGUUGCACACAUCUUUGAUUUUUACACUCUCUUUUUGUGAUUCUAAUGAAGUUGACCAGUAUUACUGUGAUAUUGCUCCUAUGCUGGCCCUCUCCUGCUUGCCUACUUAUAGUAGGGAACUGGUAACUCUCACAGUUGCUGGGGUCCUCGGAAGCAGCGCCUUUGUGGUCACUCUUGUCUCAUAUAUCUACAUCCUGUUGGCUAUCCUGUGCAAGAACUCUUCUGAGAGCAGGCACAAAGCUUUCUCCACUUGCGGUUCUCACUUAGCAGUGGUAUGCCUUUUCUAUGGGACCACCAUUUGCUCAUAUGUACGGCCUUCCUCCACCUACUCACUAAAUCAGGAUAGGAUAGUUUCCAUGCUCUAUGGAAUCCUCACUCCCCUGCUCAACCCCAUAAUCUACAGCUUGAGGAACAAAGAAGUUAAAUGUGCCCUAAGAAGAGUGAUCAGCCAGGUAAGAACUGCUUUAACAAGACAAGAACAUCGCUCUCGGUCUCUGGCAUCCUCUGGAACCCCAGCAAUUGGAUAG